AUGGAGCUUUCGCAGAAAGAGUUGCGCGAGGCUUGCGAGGAGGAAAGGCCAUAUCGUGUCGAUCUCUCGCAAAGACUAUUCGAAGAGCUUCUGAAGCUCUUUGCAAAAAAUGAAUUCGCACAGCAAGUCUGGAAGGCGAUCAAGGAAUUUGAUGAUUGCGGCAGAGACCCUUCGCAGACGAAGAGCAUCCCGCGAUCAUGA